AUACUGCGGGGAAAACAAGCGAGGAAAGGGACACGCUGCGACGUAAGAUCGCCGAGGAAACAACGGCUUCUGGAUUUAACGGUUAUGCUGUGUCGAUGAGCCAGGCUUUGAACGAGGGGGAUACUCUGGACGUAAAGCCGAUGGACCAGGAGAUAAACCGCGAGAAUGACAGUCGGCUGCGCGCGAUAUUGGCCAAUUUGUCGGACGACACCUCGAGGACGGAUUUUCUCGGUCAGCUGCGCCGGUGCUUGCUUCUGUCGGCAGCCCGGAAACUGAAUUGCAACAAGAUAUUCGUCGCCGAGUCUGCCGUGGACAUCGCCGCGAAGGUGCUUGGGGACGUGUGCUUGGGCCGAGGCGCGCAGCUCUCCACGCAGGCGAGCUUCUGCGACGCCCGUUGCGCCGACGUCAAGAUACUCAAGCCGAUGAGGGAUUUCGCGCAGCAGGAGCUGAUUUAUUACGCCGAGUACCACAAGAUAAAUUCUGUCAAGCCGAUGCACGCAUCUGGCACGCCACCAUCGGCCACCUCCAUACAAGCGUUGUCACGCGAUUUCACGACGCAACUGGAAUCUCAGUUCUCCGGCACGGUGUCCACCGUAUUCCGCACGGCCGAUAAAAUAAGCCCGAGGGUCGACGGGCCGCGGCGAGGUAUGGAAGACAAUUGCGCGCUGUGUGACGCGCGAUUGGACCUGCCGUCCUCCGGCGGCGAAGUGACCGCCAUGAGGGCGAUCGAGGUUUCCAAGCUGGUGUCGUCCAAGUGCGUCGACGCAAGUUCGCCUGGCAACGAAGAAAACGGAGACUCGAAUUGUCUCCCUCCACCCGACAACAGUGGUUGUUGUAACGAUAAUACUGAGUGCAGUUGUGAGAACAAUAGAAAGGGACAAGUAACCGCGGAGGACGUUUGGAGGCAUCUGUGCUACAGUUGCAGACGGAUAUUUCAAAAUUCAGAGAUUUUACGCAACUCGCCAUCGCCAUUAUUGUUCGCCGUUCAACAGAGAGUAGCUUUAAAAAGUAUGAGAGAGAAAAUUAGUGACUUUUUAUUAUGAAUAAAUGGAGAGACUUUUCACGAUUUAGCGCGCAAGGCCGUAAAACGAGAGGC